UUUCAGUCCUGCCUUUUUGGCUCCUCCGACUGCAGACUAUCUGCCAUUCCAAAAUUCUAUAAACCAUCAGAACCCUUAAAGCCUGAACUGAGAUUCUAAUUCCUUCUAUCUUCUGCAAAGAGCAGCAUCACCUUGACUGGAGCUGGCACGGACACAAUCCAAGCUGUGAGUUUGUCUCCAAUUCUCUCGAAGAGCACAGAAUGAGUGUGGACAGGCUCAGCAGGUCUCUUUGGGGUGCGUGGGAUGGCGCAAACGCAACAUGGCCGCUUCCUGAACAAGCUCUACUCCAGCCUUUCUGGGACUACCUGCGUCAGAGCCAUGCCAGCACUCUCCGCUCUCCACUUUUCCCUGUGCUUCUCUCUGUCUCCACCUACCUGGUCCUUGUCCUUCUCUACACCACUCUGGACCUUCUGGCACCAACGUGGCCAAGUAUUCGCCGCUACCAGCUGCACCCGGAACGCACAGUCACAUGGUCCAACGUGGGCACCACACUAGCACUCACCGCCUACAACCACCUGCUUUACAUCUUCCCGGCAGCCGUGGCACAAUGGCUGUGGCGUCCACCGGUGCCACUUCCACGCCAUGCACCCUCGCUCACUUCCUUCUUGCUUGGUAUUGCAGGUUGCACAGUGCUUUUUGAUUUCCAGUACUUUGUUUGGCAUCUCCUGCACCACCGCAUUGCUUGGUUGUAUGCCACCUUCCAUGCUGUGCAUCAUCAAUACCGGCAGACAUUCAGCCUGGUCACACAGUACCUGUCAGCGUGGGAGCUUAUCUGUGUGGGCCUGUGGACUACUGUAGACCCACUACUUCUGCAUUGCCACUGUCUUACUGCCUGGGCAUUUAUGGUCUUCAACGUGUGGGUGUCAGCUGAGGAUCACUGUGGUUACGACUUUCCCUGGGCCAUGCAUCGCCUUGUGCCAUUCGGUCUGUGGGGUGGUGCACCACGCCACGAUGUGCAUCACCUGCAGCCUGGCACCAAUUUUGCUCCCUUCUUCACACACUGGGAUUGGUUGGCAGGCACUGCCAGCACACCUGUCAAAUUUUGUAACAACAAUGAUCACAGCAGCCUGAAAGAGAACGGACUGAGAUCAGACAAAGGGGUCUGAAAGACUUAAUCAGCGGAUAUUCCCUCUUUUUCAAACCCUUCCUCCUUCCAUAUUUUUUCCUAGAAACAUAUUUUGCUCUUUGAUUGUCCUCCUCAUCAUCGAUCAUUUACUUCAUUUUGAAUAUCUGUUAGUCGUAAGUAAAAGAGGCUAGAUGUAAUAUAAUUUAAACAAUGAACGAUCGAAGAAAACAGAGCGAGAGAGAGAGAGCCUCCUCUCUCUUUUACCAGCUUUCUCCUGCUCCAUCUCUCUGGCAUCUGUUUACUGCAGCUCCCUCUAUGUCCUUCACAUCCUUACCCAUAUAGGGUAUUUUUAAUGUUCAAUAAGUUAAGGUUACUGGACUUGUGUGUUAAUCUUGAAGCAAUACAAUUUCAACAAUCCAUUCAUGCUAUCUCAUAAACUUACGAAACGUUAAUGUCUGGGUGAUGGAUUUCUUGUAUAAUUUAAUUUGUAUGUAAAUCCAAUGAAAUCAAUGAUCAGAAUCCGUGGAAAUUUUGCAUAGUAUAUGGCGGUGUUGAAUAUAGUGCACUAUAUCUGAUAAAUGCCACUAACUUUCUACUAUUAGACACUUAAUGACCUAAACUAAAGACUUUCGAAAGCAUCCUCUUGUCUAUUUAUCUCUUUUACUCAGUUACCAUGAAUUUGAAUUAGGCUUCCUAAUUUUUUUCCCCCCACUUGUUUAUGUAGUGUUUAUUUUCUUUUAUACCACAGUACCAGGGGUGUAACGAUACACGAUUCGAAACGUAUCACGAUACUGGGUCCACGAUUCGAUAUGUAUCACGAUAUUUUGAACAAAAUUAAAACGUGAAACUGAAAUUCAAAUAACAGAUUUAUUUCCAAAACAUUGACAAUUUUCAAUAACUUUCUUUGUUGAACAUACAACUUAAAGAACUUACAAUAUUUCAAGAUUUAAUUGAACCUUCUGUAUGUAAAUUAGCAGUUGACCAGGUGUGUCACUGAGCAAUAAAAUUUUAACAUGAAAUUAGAAUUAAGAUAGAUGAAACCUAAGAGAGAACCUCUUAAAGCGGUAAAAGCGCAAAAAAAACAAAAACUAAACAUUAAAAUAAAUAGUGUUCUGUUGAAGUAAGUUCGACUCGGUACAAACGGCUUUUGGGUUCGUUUAGGUUUUGCAAGAUGCAGACGGAAGGCGGGAAGUGAUUUUCUACAUAGGAAGCACUAUCACAAACUCAAAAUGCCUAUGUUUUGCUCAAAUCGAUCAAACAGAGAAAACACAAGGAGCUUUUAUCAGGUACCAAAUGUGGUUGUUCAUAAGGGGAGAAAAAUGCAAGAAAUUGACUGAAAAACGCAGGAAAAAGUGGCUUGUAAAACCUGCGUCUGCGGUCGGGAGGAGCCGAGUCGGAUAAUGCUCGUGUGCAGUGACCGCUGUGUCAAAGGUAAGUUAAUACAAAAGAUCUUACGUAUGCUAUGUUUAUGUAAUGUUAGCUAUUUCCGUACUUUGUAAAGUUAAAGUAACUUUAACCUUUACUGGCAUUUCGUGGAAUUCAGUGGUAUUUCGGCAGACCUUUGAGAGUGUUAACGUAAAGUAAACAACCGUAACGUUGACACGGAGAGACGCGCAGCAGUGCUGAUUGUUUGUUGCUAGGUUAAUCCACAGCACAACAAAAAAAAUUCCACUCACCCAGGUGAAAACCAAACGAUGGUCAUUGUGGCCCAACCACUAACAAAAAGUUGCAUGCCUCCAUAGUUUUGUAUGCGUUCAUUUGUUUCCUGGAGUAGAAGGAUGUCUGAAGGACAAGGUAGCUGCUUAUAUCUACCGCAAGUAGAUGACAGGCAAGUAUUUCAAUUCGGUAGAAAAUUUGCUCCUUUUCAUAACAUAAAAGGAUCACGUCCAACGUAUGUUGUGAUUUUCUGUGCAUACCUUUCUCUCGUGAUAGUGUCUACGGACUUUCCUCCGUCUCUUCCGUUCUGCUUUUCACCUCCUGCCCUCCAGCUGAAUUUCGCACGUCAUCAGAAUCUACAAACAAUCUCUAGGAUAAAACGGACGUCAUAGCGAUAACGCCAUGACGUCAUCGCCAUAACUCUACGGUACACAUCGUAACAUUUUUGCACCGCGAUACUUUGUACAACGACAUAUCGUUACACCCUUUACACUGUACUAUCGAAUUCUGAAAUCUGAUUGGUCAGAAGGUGUUGAUUAAUUCUCUACAACAGCACAACUAAGAAAAAUUAAUAAAUAAAUAAAACAGCUGCAGGGACAAUCACAGGUUUCUAUUAAUGUGCUCAUUCUAAUAUGCUAUCGUUUCUACACUAACAAAUAAAUUACAGGGUCUUUUGUUAGGCGCAUUAAUAAAACCUUUUGUUCUGUAACAAAAAAAGUACAGUCAUCGAUAUAGUGACGUUUACUGUAAGGAGGCGUUUAUGGAAGAGUCUGCUGUCAGCCCUUUGUAAACAAACAAACAAACAAACAAAUAGAUAAAAACCCAGAGAUAAAGCUUUUGUGCAACAUGAAGGUCUUUGAGACAGACAGGUUUCUCGGUAACACACCUUUUUUUUUUUUAUCUCAUAAACUUCAAAAGAAAGAAGAAAACAUACACGCAGAUAGCAUCGGAUGGUGUCUCAUCAAAUGUAUAGCGGUUAUAGCAUGUGUAUCUGUGAAAUAAGUGUACCAAAACUUGUUUCACUUAUGUUCCACAACAUAAAAAUGUCACUACAAGCUGAUAAGAAGUGCAACAAAUCAUUCUUUAAUAAUAAUAAUAAUAAAAUGUAAUCGUUGGGAAACUGCUGUGAUAGAAGAGGGAUGAAAACACUUUGGGAUGUGCUUUUUUUUAUACACCAAACUUUUACUAUAACAGCACAUCCCAUUUGUUUUAUUCUGUACUAAUUUAACCUUAAAAUUGUCUGCUUGCUGUUCUGUUGAUCGAUCGUAUGAGGUGUUUCAUGCUUGUGAAGCAUAUAUAUUUUUCUAUAAGCUUUUUACUGUUAGUGAGUGGGCAGUCACGCUGGAUGCUGUCUCCGGUCAGCUCUGGCCUUCUGUGCAUUUUCAGAGUGCUACUGAAUCUCGCUGAAUGGUACAGAAGUUACAAACGUGUUCGAUAUUCCUGCUUGAGGUGGUAUUCGAGUUUAUGUAUAUAGGUGUAUUUUUCACUAAACACUGUCCAAUAAAACACUCACCCUCAUUUCCGUCUAGCGGUAGCUUUGACGAAGUUUGUUUAUGUUUACUUAUCAUCAUAGCUACCAUUUUAGCUGGAAAUUAAACCCUACUAAAUCAGCUGGAGAGGAUAUAGUAUAGAAUAUACUAGAGUAUGUAGAAUAUAGUAGAGAAUAUAGUGCAGGGAAGCUGGCAAAGAAAGUGUGUAAAGGAAAAUGCAUUAAAUACAGCACAUUCUUGACACAUUAUACUGUACUUUACACACGUAAAACUGUACAGUGAGAGCUACAUACUAGAAGAUGGUGUGUGUGUGUGUGUAGACAUGUUUCUGUAUUUUGGUGAGGGCCACCUGUCCUCACAAGCAUAGGAAUAUUUGAUAAUUUUGACCUUGUGGGGACAUUUGGUUGUUUCCCACAAGGAAAACCUUUUUUUAACUGAAGCUAACUGAAGAAAAAAAAACAAUAAAACUAAACUAAAAGAGCCAAAAGGUUUCAGUUUAUUUACUGAGAUUAAGGAUAAAGUUAGGUUAAGGUGUAGCAUAGCAUUAAUUAUCUGCAUUAAUAUUAUAUUGUGUGUGUGUGUGUGUGUGUGUGUGUGUGUGUGUGUGUUUCAGUUUAAUGUAGCCAGCGUAUUGUAGCUAUGUACUGGCUCUUUGCAGUUUGCAUGAAAAAGCUAAAUAAUGAUAAGUCGAUGUUAGUGCACAGAAACAGAAAGUCGAAUGUACGAUGUACCGAUCAUUUCACACUGCCUCUCUGUAGCAGUUUCACUCUAAGUUGCCAGUUUCAAUUAAUCAUCUCUUUCAGCCUCCUACAAGCUC